AAUUUCAGCACUGGCAGUGAAUUUCGGAACGCAGCCUGUAUCAGUUCAGCAGUGCAGCUACAAAGAACAGGCUUAAGUUUUGUGUACAUGUGGUUUUAAUUCAUUGGAGAUUUACGUACGCUAAAAUGUAUUCUUUAACUCAUAAAAUAGAAAAUGCUCACGAAGACAGUAUAUGGACUUGUGCAUGGGCUUGCCCAAAGAGGAAGAAGAAUAUUCAACUUGACAAUGAAGAUUCACAUGACUCCAUCCAAUCUAAUGAAGAAGAAACAGUGGAGUAUCUUGUGACAGGUUCUGUGGAUGAUUCUGUAAAAGUAUGGGUGCCACAAGAUGGUACUUUGAAGAUGAAACAUAAAUUAACUGGACAUUCUUUAGGGGUGGUAUCCAUAGCUGUUAGUUCAGAUGGAUCGAAAUGUGCAUCUAGUUCACUUGACUCAAGUUUGAGAUUAUGGGAUUUACAAUCUGGCGACAAGUUGUCAAACAUUGAAGUUGGCCCAGUGGACAUUUGGACUGUAGUCUUUUCUCCAGAUGAUAAAUUUGUUGUAUCUGGUAGUCAUGCUGGUAAAAUACAUUUAUACGGAGUUGAGAGUGGCAAACAAGAGCAGACAUUAGAUACCAGAGGUGGAAAGUUCACUUUGAGUGUUGCUUAUAGUCCUGAUGGUAAAUAUAUUGCAAGUGGUGCAAUUGACGGAAUUAUUAAUAUCUUUGAUGUUACUUAUGGAAAAGUUUUGCGUACGCUAGAAGGUCAUGCAAUGCCUAUCAGAUCACUGUGUUUCUCACCAGACUCUCAGUUGCUUUUAACAGCAUCUGAUGACGGACAUAUGAAACUGUAUGAUGUCAAGGAUGCAAAUUUAGCAGGAACAAUGUCGGGGCAUGCCUCUUGGGUACUUGGCGUAGCUUUUUCACAAGAUGGACAACAAUUUGCAUCGAGCAGUUCCGAUCACACAGUUAAAGUCUGGGAAUUAGCACAAAGACACUGUUUGCAUACAUUUAGGGAACAUAAUGACCAGGUAUGGGCGGUAAAAUAUAAUCCACAAAGGAAUAACGUAAUCGCGUCAGUGUCCGAAGAUAAAUCUAUCAAUUUGUAUGCAUGUCCAAUGUAAAAUAAGUAAAUGUGUCGCAGUGUGAGUAUGUGUGUGUACAAAAAGGUGAAUAAAUAUUUUAUAUCUAC